AGGUUUCAUAGCACAGUAAAGUUUUCUAUGAUCUCGAAUGAUCAUGAUGUCUGUCUGUCUCCUCCAUUAGUCAUGGCUUCCUCCAGCAGUCUCCUGUCUGAAGAUCAGCUCCUGUGCUGUAUCUGUCUAGAUGUGUUCACUGAUCCAGUCUCUACUCCAUGUGGACACAACUUCUGUAGGGUCUGUCUCAAAGAGUGCUGGGACAGCAGUUCACGCUGCCAGUGUCCAGUUUGUAAGACAAAAUUCCGUAAAAGACCUGAACUACGUGUGAACACGUUCAUCUCUGGACUGGCUGCUCAGUUCAAGAAGUCAGUUCAGGUGAAAUCCAGCAGAGCUCCAGAGAAACGUCCCUUGAAACGUAAGAUGGUUCUGUGUGACUACUGCAGUGAGGAGAAGCUGGAGGCUGUAAAGUCCUGUCUGGACUGUGGAGUAUCUUACUGUGAGACUCAUCUGACGCCUCAUAAAACUGCAGCUAAACACAAGAAACACAAACUGAUGGACGCUGUGGAGACCCUGGAGGACUACAUCUGCCAGAAACAUGAGAGACCCCUGGAGCUGUUCUGUAGAGACGACCAGACGAGUGUGUGUCAGUUCUGCACUGAGACAGACCACAAGACUCACAGCACUGUUCCUAUAGAGGAGGAGCUUAGACACAGAAGGGGGAAGACACAGGCAGAAGUUCAGCAGAUGAUCCAGGACCGACUGAAGAAGAUUGAGGAAAUCAAACACUCUGUAAAACUCAGUAAAAAAAUCACAGAGAAGGAGAAAGCAGACAGUGUGGAGGUCUUCAGAGCUCUGCUGCGCUGCAUUGAGAAAAGCCAGGCGGAGCUGCUUGAGGUGAUGGAGGAGAAGCAGAAAGCAGCAGAGAGGCAGGCUGAAGAGUUCAUUAAAGAGCUGGAGCAGGAAAUCACUGAGCUAAAGAGGAGAGACACUGAGCUGGAGCAGCUCUCCCACACUGAGGACCACCUCCACCUCCUACAGGUUUACCCGUCCCUCUGCAGCCCUCCACACACCAAGAACUGGACUGACGUCAGGAUUAACACUCAUCUGAAGGUGGAGACUCUGAGGAGAGCUCUGUCUCGGCUUCGGGAAUCAAUCAGUAAGGAGAUGGAGAAGCUUGUGCCAAUUGAACUCAAAUCAAUUCAACAAUAUGCAGUGGAUGUGACUCUGGAUCCUGAUACAGCAAAUUCCAUCCUUAUUCUGUCUGAUGAUGGGAAACAAGUGGUAAAUGGAGACACAGAGCAGAAUCUCCCUGACAACCCAGAGAGGUUUGAUGAGUGUCCCUGUGCCCUGGCAAAGGAGGAGUUCUCCUCAGGGAGGUUUUACUAUGAGGUCCAGGUCAGUGGGAAGACUGAGUGGGAUUUAGGAGUGACCACAGAGUCCAGUAACAGGAAGGGAGAUAUAACACUGAGUCCUGAGGAUGGAUACUGGACUGUGUGUCUAAGCAAUGAGACUGAAUAUGAGGCUGUGGAAUCUACCCCUGUUUCUCUCUCCUUGAAACAGGCUCCCCAGAAGGUGGGGGUGUUUGUGGAUUAUGAGGAGGGUCUGGUCUCCUUCUAUGAUGUUGAGGUCGGGUCUCUUAUCUACUCUUUCACUGGUCAGUCUUUCACUGAGAAACUCUAUCCAUAUUUCAGCCCUGGUGACAAUGAUGAAGGUGAAAACUCAGCACCGCUGAUCAUCACACCUGUUGAACAUGAUAACUGAGGCUUUUUUCUACAAUAAGAACACUUCAAACCAUAAUAAAAACGUUUCCUAAAAUACAAUUUUAACGUACGUUGUGCUGUACAUGAAUGUAUGAGCAGAAAAGACUGCACACAGUGAAAUACUUGUAUCAAUUUUUUUUUUUAGAUUUAUCUAUAGAUCAGAAAUUAGGAACAUCUACUGGUAGGGUUGAACUGCUAAAUUAAAGGACUAGCUUUGUAAAGAAUCAAAUUUAUUUGAUUUUCUGUUUUCCCACAAAUGCAGCCGAUCAGCCAAGAAAUAUUUGGUGUCCAAGUGUUGCUUCUUUAGUUUACUACAGGUAGGUCCUAACUAUUUUGAAAUGUGUUGUAGCAAUCAAGUUUGAAAUAUGUAUAUAUUUACAAAAAAUAACGUUCAUAAGGUAAAACAUCAAACAUUGUGUUUGUGUUUUUGUACUAUUUUCAGCUUAAUACAGGUGCAGUAGACGUUACUCACCACUGCUCUCUGUUUUUAUUAGUAUUUCACACGCUGUCCCAACUUUUUUGGAACUGGGUUUGUAUGAGAUUUCCUGAGCAAGACCCUUCAAACUGUAAAUACUCAUAAACCAAUUUUAAUAGGAUGCAGAAAAAUAUGUUUACUUUCAUUCCAAACAUUUUGAAGAUUGUUCAACAAAUCUCAAUGGCCAGGGACGCAUGGGAGGCAUGGCCAUGCGGAGCACAGAGCACCAAGGAGAAGUGGAAGUGGUGAGAGACUUAAAAACAUUUAAAUAGUUGUGACUGUGGGGACAUUAUAUGUGUGUAUAUGUGAUGUUUAUGAUGUUCUGACUGUGCUGUGCUGUGACGCUCAUUGAGAGGGUUUACUGGUCACCAUGGACUGGAUAUGUGUGGCUGGAGAUGACUUACCCUGCUUCAUGGCUGUUCAUUAGCACUGAGCGGCAGGUUUCCCGUAAUGAAAGGUCAUUCCUUUGAAACAGUAUGUUCAAAAUAUUAAUAUUAACAAGGUAAAACGGGGGAGAUGACCGAUCCUGUCUGAGAAAUACAAGAACAAGCAACAUGGCGAAGAUGGGAGGCGAGGGCGGUCAAGGCACCGCGACGAGGCUCGACAGUGGAGUCUGGCUGGGGGACAGUUGCCGGCCAUGAGAACCUGCUGGUGAGGAUGCCUGGAUGGUGGUCUGUGGAAGGAGGCCUGGUGGUCUGGCAGGGCCGGGGGCCGGAUCUGGCGCAAGAAGGCCCAAUGGUGGGGCUGGGACACAAGGAGUGAUGUCACAAGCCAAAAAUGUUACUUUUGGGUUUGAAAAUAUUGGUGGGAAUUUUCUUGAAGAUAAUGGUGGCAAAUCAGAACAGAGAUUACAUAAUUGGGAGGGGCAAGGAGGAGCCAGGUGUUAACCCCCCCUUGCCCAGAAAGAGUAUAAGAAGUGUGAGUUUUUGCGAGCUGGUCAGUUGCUACCUGGGCCAACUCAGAUUAAUGCUUGUCUGCUGGAGAGCCUUAAUCUUAAUAAAAGAAAU